UGAGUCAUUAGCUAAAAUAUUAAUAAAAUAUGUUAAUAAAUCAUGUAUUUUACUUCAGCAGAAGAGGACUGUGAGAAGGAAGUUCAGUGCUGAGUGUGUGGCAUAAAGCUACUGAAGGCCAAGAAAGGACUAUGGUGAUGUUGUGUACAUGUAAAUAAACGUGUUCUGAAAUGUUCUCAAUGCUGAGAGAAAAAGUAAUUAGUUGGAAAUGAAAUACAUGUAACUGGGUCUCGGUUGAGCAACAGGUAUGACCCAAAAUAAAUUAAACUCGAAUUUGCAGUAUUUUUAUUUAAAAAUAGAAUGUGGACAAAAUUGUAAUAAUAUUAGUUGUGUUUUACUUGUCCAGAAUAUAAUAUAAUUACAAUGUUGCAUUCAUUUGGACUCAUUUAGUCAUUGAUAUGAAUGCAAUUGAAACAAUCCAAAAGCUUAUCAAAUAAAGUGAAUGUGCGAAUGUCAUAACAUCUGAUUGGUGUGCAUUGGUGAUAUGUGACAUGCAAGUUAUUGAACAAAACUAUAUAAUCUUUCAAUAAAAUAUCAGUUAUCAAAAAAGGUGUACCACAUAAGGCACUCUCAUUAACAGAAAUAAACAGAAACCGGUUUGGUGCACGGCUGUCUCUGGGUGUGAUCACUUUGGGAGGAGGCUAGUGAGGGAAAUAAGUUUUCAUGUUUGAAGGACUAUAAAUUGGAAUAGCAUUGACGGGGUUGUCAUUUUCCCUCCAGUUUUUCUCCUACACAGGUUAUUUAAGGUGUGAUUUCCUCUCUGUUCAAGAUGCAUUUUUAUGGAGCUCUGAUCCUCUUCAUGACACUGUCUGCAGCCUAUGGGUUGAAAUGCCACACAUGUGUUGCAAGUGUUGGCUGCUCAGCGGUGAUGACUUGUCCUUCCGGAUUGAACCGUUGUGCCAGCGUCGAGUUAUUGGGUUUGAAAACCAAGAGUUGCAUGACCAGCCAGGCAUGUGUUGAACCCAUUAAGUGCUGUUUCUACGACCUGUGUAACAGCGCCAUGCCCGCCGGCAGCAGUCCGCUCCUCCUGCUGCUCUCCUCGGCCAUCAUCACUGUCUUUCUCUGAGGCUCCGGAGCAGCUACCGCUUAACUAAAUGUGUCUUCUUUUUUUGGAACCCUAGAAGAAUAAACACAUUUCCGGACGUAUAAAAGCUGUAAAUGAAUAAUAAUAAUAAUAAUAAUAAUAGAUUACAUUUGUAUAGCGCCUAAUGCAUCUCGACAUUUGUUCAAUAAAAGACAACAUU